CCAUCAAAAUCGCACCAACCGCGAAUCGAAAAAGACACGCGAAUCGUAAGAUCGGAAUUAAAUAAUUAACCAAUAAAGCUCACAAUCGUCUUGUUUUUUGACCAAACUAGAUGUCCGUAGUGCCCCUGAUGUUCCGUGAUUGGUGGGAUGAGCUCGACUUUCCAAUGCGCACCUCGCGCCUCUUGGAUCAGCACUUUGGCCAGGGCCUAAAGCGGGACGAUCUGAUGUCCUCCGUCUGGAAUUCCCGGCCCACGGUCCUGAGGUCCGGAUACCUGCGACCCUGGCAGAAGAACAGCCUCCAGAAGCAGGAAUCUGGAUCCACCCUCAACAUCGACAGCGAGAAAUUCGAGGUUAUCCUGGAUGUCCAGCAAUUUUCGCCCAAUGAGAUUACCGUGAAGGUGGCGGAUAAGUUCGUCAUCGUGGAGGGCAAGCACGAGGAGAAACAGGACGAACAUGGAUUCGUUUCCCGUCAGUUUUCCAGACGCUACCAGCUGCCAAGUGACGUCAAUCCCGAUUCGGUCACCUCCUCCCUCUCCUCCGAUGGCCUCCUCACCAUCACGGCGCCCAUGAAGAAGCUGCCACCCCCUUCGACUGAACGCCUUGUGCAAAUCACACAGACUGGUCCCUCCUCCAAGGAGGACAAUGCCAAGAAGGUGGAAACCUCCACGGCCUAAGCUGAAUCCUUUUCUCAUCAUGAACAUUAGCUAGUAAUAUUUAUAAAUAUUGGAUUUUUUAUACAUUUUAUAUUUAUUAAAAAAGAAACUAAAAAGU